CUUUGUAGCUAGGUUGGCAGUAGGUUGUUGUCCUGAUAGCAGCCUGGGGUCCCCACUCGUCGCCGCUGAACUCCGCCACUGCAAAAUCGGUCAUUACGGCGGCACAACAGACGGACGAUAGGUUACAGAUGGACCAGCAGGACCAGUCCUAUAUGUUUGCCAGUCUGAAACGGCCUCACUCAGAACAGCUGCUGCAGGGCCUUCAGCUCUUGCGGCAGGAUCAUGAACUAUGUGACAUUGUCCUGCGUGUGGGUGAUGCCAAAAUCCAUGCUCACAAAGUAGUGCUUGCUAGCAUCAGCCCAUACUUCAAGGCCAUGUUUACAGGUAACCUGUCAGAGAAAGAGACAUCUGAGGUGGAAUUCCAGUGCAUUGAUGAGACUGCCUUACAGGCCAUCGUAGAGUAUGCCUACACUGGGACUGUGUUUAUCUCCCAGGAAACUGUGGAAUCUCUGCUACCAGCUGCCAACUUACUCCAGGUUAAGCUAGUACUUAAGGAGUGCUGCUCCUUUUUAGAAAGCCAGUUGGACGCUGGAAACUGUAUAGGCAUCUCUCGCUUUGCAGAGACAUAUGGCUGUCAUGAACUGUGCCUGGCUGCAACUAAGUUCAUCUGUGAAAACUUUGAGGAGGUUUGUCAGACAGAGGAGUUUUUUGAACUGACGAGGGCUGAGUUGGAUGAAAUUGUGUCCAAUGACUGCCUUAAGGUGGUCACAGAGGAGACUGUGUUUUAUGCUCUGGAGUCGUGGAUCAAAUAUGAUGUAACUGAGAGACAGCAGCAUCUGGCUCAGCUGCUUCACUGUGUCCGCCUUCCUCUCCUCAGCGUCAAAUUUCUCACUCGCCUAUAUGAAGCCAACCACCUUAUACGAGAUGACCACGCAUGCAAGCACCUGCUCAAUGAGGCCCUCAAAUAUCAUUUUAUGCCUGAGCACCGACUCUCCUAUCAGACUGUGUUGUCAGCACGACCUAGGUGUGCUCCCAAGGUGCUGCUGGCAGUAGGAGGAAAGGCUGGGCUGUUUGCAACAUUAGAAAGCAUGGAAAUGUAUUUCCCACAGACUGAUUCAUGGAUAGGGCUGGCCCCUCUAAGUGUACCCCGGUAUGAAUUUGGAGUGGCAGUGCUGGACCACAAGGUGUAUGUGGUGGGCGGCAUUGCCACACACAUGAGACAAGGCAUCAGCUAUCGGAGACACGAGAGCACAGUGGAGAGCUGGGACCCUGAAAGCAACACUUGGUCCACGGUGGAGCGAAUGGCUGAGUGCCGCAGCACACUCGGGGUGGUGGUUCUGGCUGGUGAACUGUACGCCCUUGGAGGCUAUGACGGCCAGUAUUACCUCCAGUCAGUGGAGAAAUACGUCCCCAAGUUGAAGGAGUGGCAGCCAGUGGCACCGAUGACAAAGUCCCGCAGCUGCUUUGCCACUGCCGUGCUGGAUGGUAUGGUGUAUGCUAUUGGAGGCUAUGGCCCAGCCCAUAUGAACAGCGUGGAGCGGUACGACCCCAGUAAGGAUGCCUGGGAAAUGGUAGCCCCCAUGGCAGACAAGAGGAUCAAUUUUGGAGUUGGCGUCAUGUUGGGCUUCAUUUUUGUGGUUGGCGGACACAAUGGAGUGUCACACCUGUCCAGCAUCGAGAGGUACGAUCCACAUCAGAACCAGUGGACGGCGUGCCGACCAAUGAAUGAACCACGCACUGGUGUUGGCUCUGCCAUCGUGGAUAACUACCUCUAUGUGGUGGGAGGUCAUUCAGGCUCGUCUUACCUGAACACUGUCCAGCGCUAUGACCCGAUCUCGGACAGUUGGUUGGACUCGAGUGGCAUGAUGUACUGUCGUUGUAACUUUGGUCUGACUGCCCUUUGACGCAUGGCCCAGCCGGCUAGGACUCCAUGAGAGAACUUAGACACAAGACGUUUAUUUUUUGUUGUCUCCUCCUUCCACAUUCAUCCUCCAGGUGCAGAGGAGCGCUGCACAUGGACGUGAAAACCAGAGGAGAGAGAGCGCCUGCUGGGUGGAUGGAUGUGCCGGGCUAAGCUGGCCGGCUACACGGGGACCACAGGCAUAGUAGCAGAGAUGAGAAAGAGCUGCAAAGAUGUGCAGGAAAAAUGAAUGGACAGUUUUUGUCACAGGGCUGAGGGGAUGACUGCACUACUGCUGCUGGACCACAAUGAGGACUCUGAGCCAUUUCCCAGAGGAUUGUGGGAGAUUCUUGUCACUUUUACUUUGGAAGUAAUGUUAGCAGACAUUGUUUUUCUUCAUGCCAUUAAUUAUGUUUCAACCUUUUUUAAUUUCCCUGCUGCAACUGGAACCACGCGUUCAAGUUUUGUAGAACACCGCGGUUUGCUGGUGUACAUGUAUGACUAUGUGUUUGUUGGCCAUGUAGCGUGCGUGUCUGUGUGAAUGCUUGAGAGGGGUACGUGCAUGUCAGAUAGGAUUGUUCAUGUCGGUACGCGUCUGCGUGCAGAAGUGAUGCUCGGGCUCAGCGACGCAGCAUCCAAAUCAGUGCUUCACAAAAAAAAAGAGAAAAGUUUCAAUCCUUCUAUUUUCUCCUAAAGGGCUGCCUUUUUCUCUCUUGUAAAUAGUCUAAAUGAAAUAUAUAGAUAUGAAUAUAUCCUCUAGUGCAUUGCCUGUAAAUGUUUUUCUGCACUGGGUCACUAGUGUGCGUGUGUUUGGAUGUGAGUUUAGUUUGAUUUCAUGGUCAGUGUAGAGGUGAAUGAUGUGUUUGCCACCGGUCUUCUUCACCCUCCGAGCCAUUAAGCAUCCCGUUUUCAAGUUUCUGUUACAUCUCCUUAAGGUCAGGUCAUGAGCUCACUUCUCUUCACAAUAGUUGAAAUCGACCUUGGCCCUCCUUCUCACCCUUUGGUCUGUACACAAUACCAACUGGUGCUAUAUUUAGGAUUCAGGAUUCAGCUGUUUGUCUGUGUUGCCUCAUACAAUUAGGUUAGCCUCUGUUCAGCUUCUCCCACAUUAACCCAUUGAUUUAUGUGGUUUAAACUUAAAGGCCCCAAUCAAAUUUAGCUCUGCUGAAAUGGAAACCUGUGACUUGAUAACAUUUAUCAGCAUUCUUAGCAGUUUUUUACUUUCCUGUAAAACUUGCCCAGGUUCACAAUCCCCUUCUUCUACUUUUCCCUGCUGCAAACUAUGAGCAUGCUUUAUCAUCUUAACGUCUUUCUCCCACUCGGUUAGAAGACUUUAUCUGCCUGGAUGAGGACCUGACAUCUGCUAAUUGCACCCGCCACCAAACACGAUUGUCAUGUGGCCGCUGUCUGAGGUAGUCCAUUAACUGCUUUUUGUGAAGUGCCAAAACCUUUUUUUUGUUUGUUUGUUUUGCGUCCUUCCCACCUCAGCAGCUUUCCUCGUGUGCCACAGUAACGUUUUCUUUUGCACCCAUGUUGCUGUUGAUUUGCGUUACAUCCUCCACGCCAUCAUACGGAUGAUAAAGCACCAAGGGCUGUGCCAGACAACUCAUGCCAUGUUGCCACUGUCACCUGUUCUGUUACAUGAGAAGAAAAACCAUGGGCGCUCCCAUGGGCAAGUCUGUCUCUAGGCUAGCUGAAGGCGCAGUCUUUACAAAUGCACAGCAAUAGAGAGGGCGCUGGACGAGGAAAAGGCUAGGUAUGGAGUGUCUUGUUGAGUCGCUGUUUGAGUUGCUUUGUGCACUGGCGUUUGCACACCAAACUCUGCAUUGCACUUACCAAACUAUUUGAUACAUACUGUAAUAUUUACAUAUGCUUUGAUUUAGGAUAAUGGCAUUUAGAUAAUGCAAUAAGACUUCUGGUCUCUCUAUGGAUGGAAAAGUUUUGUUUUGUCUCUAAAAAAAAAAAAAAAAAAAAAGCCAAGGCAUCUCAUAUUCUAGAAAACCCCACAACACGUCUGUUGGCUCAAUUUAACAUCAGAAGGUUUUUUGACUUUGUUUCAUGUGUUUUUGUUUGUACAUGCUUGUUCAUUUUUAUAAGGCUUUUUUUACUUUGAAGAUUUAGAUUGACUAACUAAUAUAAAUAUAUAUGGCCAAAUUUGAUGUAUACACCUUAAACAGUAACAGCUGAUCUCAAAUACAGAAGUAAACACUACAUAGGGCAGGGUCUCUUCCACUUUACUCUUAAACUCUAAUUUUGAUGAGUCUGUUUAUUAAAUAUGUAAACCAUUACUUCACACAGUAAUGAUAUUUGCCUUUCAAAGCUACAGAAGACGAAUAGGGCCUGUGGUGAAGGAAAAAUAACCCUGUGCACUUGAGAUUGAAAGUACUUCAACUUUAUUCUCAUUAUUUUUUACUUAAACAAUUAAAGUAUUUUUACUUUUUUCCCUCAUAAUUUUUUACUAAAAUUAUUUGGAUUUUAUUCCCAUUAUUUUUCACUUUAAUAAUGAA